CAGAACCAGGGUUCUGAGUACCGAGAGAAGCUAAAAUGGGACUUGGGACUCUGCCGUUGACCUCUCCUUAUAGCAGUUUCUCUUCAAAGUCAGGACUUGUACACAACAUUACUAAUCGCAGCAGGCUCAACAGAAGCAUAAAAUUCUCAGUUUCGGCCAAACAAGAGAACGAAGAAGAAAAUAAGGAAAAACAAUCUUUGUUUAGCAGUAUAACCGAAGCUCUUGAUUUUUCUCAAGUGAGAUCUGCAGAGGAUGCUCAGCUUCUACAAGAUGCUAGACAAGCCACAAGGUCUGGAGACAAGAUGAGCAAGGAACAGUAUGGAGCUCUUAGAAGGAAAAUUGGUGGGACAUACAAGGAUUUUUUCAAAUCUUAUGUUGAAGUGGACGGGGCAUAUGUUGAAGAGGGGUGGGUUGACAAAACGUGUAAGGUGUGCAAAAAGGACACCAAGGGAGAGGCAAGGCAAGUGGACAAGUUUGGAAGAUAUGUUCAUGUAGCAUGUCUAGAGAAGUCCAAAACAGGGAACUUCUUUACCAGAUUGUUCUCUAUGUAAAGAGCAUUCAUGAGUCAAGACAUUUUCUCAUUUAGUCAUAUACCCAAGGAUUCUAAUUAGUCUUCCAAUUAUCAAAAUAGAUAUUCAGAUUUUGUAUGGUUCAAUACAAGAAUUAAAUUAAAUUAAAUUUUCCUCA